UCACAGUACCGGGCCCCCCUUCUGAGGAGCGGGCAGUGCCAGAACGCAGUGCGCCAUGAAGAGCUCGGCCAGGGCUUGCAGCCUUCUGCUGCUGACUAUGGCCGCCGUCUCCAGCGGCCGCAACGCUGGAGAUUACUUCAAGGAGGAGCAGUUCCAGUAUUCUCCUUCUAGACCCGAAGAUGCCCUGGUCUUUUUCAUAGCCAAUACCCCUCCCUUCAUUUGUGAGCCCGGCAAGGAUCACGAAUGCGUCUCGGGAGGCCCCUUAGAGGCUGGGUUUUGUCUCAAUCUGCCACGAGGGUACUCUUCCUACAAAUGCUCGUUCGAAGGAAACGCAACGACAGACAGUAAUUUCAACCUAAUCGAAAAGAGCGCAUCGCUUCUUUUCGAUUUCAAUGUGAGACAUCACGUAAGGUUUAUUGCGUACAGAAUGUCCUGCACUACUGAUUCACCACUACCAGACGAAUAUUUCCGUCUGAGAAUACAGCGCCCUCAUGAGGACCAUCCAAUGAAAUGUCUUCACCAGCACGACACUGGAAUGCUGUACCUCAAGUUUCCAGGAUACCCGACCAUCUAUUGUCAAAUUGUAACUGAAGAAAACAGUUACCAAUUUGAUAGGCGUUAUCAUUUUAACCUGCCGGGUAUCGCUGAUGACCCACUCAAAUGCGCGUUCCGCGUGUAUUCGGAGUUGCCUCUAGCGGUCACGCAAACAGAGGAACGGAUGUACCGGUCUCUGAUUAGCGGUCUUCCCACUCGCGAGGAUGGCACUCGCCUGCGUGUCGUAUGCUCCCGCCAUGACACGUCCAAUGGGUCGCCACACUUUCAGCUACUGUUGCAGAGUGACGUCACUUACGACUGCAGUUUCCCCGACGCUGCUUCUAGCUAUCCGUCGCUGCCCAAAAACAGGCCACAAGACUGAAAGCCAGGUCGUUCAUGGAGGCAGAAGACAACAAAGCAGGAACACUUACGAAAUUAAAAUAUUUUAUACUGUUACAAUAAAUAUGAAUAAUUGAUCUUCAGAA